AUGUCCCUGGAUAUUCAGCAACAGCAGUUCAAGAUGAAUUCAGAUUUCUGGCCACAAGCACGUGGUCCUCCCUCAGCAACAGCUACAAACCUUAAUUUCCCAUCUAUGAUGGACACAACGAGUGCUGAUUAUCUUAAUAAUACAGGAAGAAAUCCACAACAACAACAAUCACAGCAGCAACAAGCUGCGACUGGAUUUCAUAAUAAUAAUAAUAAUAACAAUAAUAACAAUAAUAAUAAUAAUAAUAAUGAGAAUAACAAUGUGGACAUGAAGGAACACCUUAUGUCACAAUCGACAGAACAAAAUCUUCAAAAUAAUUUCAAUACACAAGCCAGUGGCUUUUCAAUGACUCAACAGCAACAGCAACAACCAAAUGGACAAGCACAAUCGCAGGCACAACAGCAAAUACAACAACCACCAUCAUCAACAUCGCCUGGCGCUGAGAAUUCAUCUCCUGAGGCUAAGUUCAAUGCUGAUAAGUUGGUGAAUGAGAUUCAGCAGCAGCUGAGUCGUUCGAACAACACACCGUCAAUAAACGAACGUACAUUGGAAGAAUGCUGGUCAACCCUUCAACGAAUUUUCAUGCACAAGAGUGCAAUGCAAAUGCAGCAUGCACGUGACAUACAGAGAAAUGGUGGUGGUUCAACAGGUACGAGCGAAUCAAAGCCACAUCAAUGUCAACAGUGUCUGAAGAGUUUUAGCAGUAAUCACCAACUUGUUCAACAUAUUCGUGUUCAUACAGGAGAAAAGCCAUACAAAUGCACAUAUUGUGACCGAAGAUUCAAACAAUUAUCACAUGUACAACAACAUACAAGGCUACAUACAGGCGAACGUCCCUACAAAUGUCAUCUAGCGGAUUGUGGCCGAGCCUUUAUACAACUGAGUAAUUUGCAGCAGCAUUUGCGUAAUCAUGAUGCGCAAGUUGAACGUGCAAAAAAUCGUCCUUUUCAUUGUAACAUCUGCGGAAAAGGAUUCGCAACGGAAUCAAGUUUAAGAACACAUACGUCUAAGGAAUUGCAAUUGCAUUUGGGAGUUUUGCAGCAGCAUGCGGCUCUUAUUGGAGGUCCAAAUGCUACAAGUUGCUUAAUUUGUCAUAAACUAUUCCUCGGCGGUGAGGCACUUAUGGAGCAUAUGAAGACACAUCAUAAACAGGAAACGACGCCACCUGCGCCUGCUCCUUCACCCCCGCCAAUGUCAGAUCCUAUGUCACCAAAUGAUCAAUAUUCACUGUCAAAACAACAACGCAGAACUGCCAAUCAUCCAUGUCCCGUAUGUGGCAAGUCAUAUGUCAAUGAAGGCUCAUUAAGAAAGCAUCUUGCAUGUCAUCCAGAAACAAGUCAAAUUGCCAACAGUUUACGAAUGUGGCCAUGUUCAGUAUGUCAAGCGGUGUUUACACAUGAAGCUGGUCUCUUAACUCACAUGGAGCAUAUGAGGACAGAUCCAAAGCAUCAAUUUGCAGCACAAUACAUGUUAAGUCGUGCAGCAGCUGAGCGUCGAGAACGAGACACAAUUCUAGCAUCAGCUAUAGCUGGAGGGUCAGGUUUACUUUCGCAAAUUUCACAAAAUUCAAGAGGAGCCUCGCCAGCUCAUUCUGAGGCAUCAUCAUGCAACGAUCGAAUGAAUUCACCACACCCAGACAGUCACGGUAAUGAGAACAAUCAGAAUAAUGCAAAUAGCAACAAUACAAACAAUAAUAACCCAGAAAAUGCCAGUGACAACAACAACAAUACAAACGGUGCCACAAAUCUAACGACAUCCGGCAAUCUUAAUUAUAAUAGCAAGCUAUCAGUCAACGAUGUUCUUCGGACGCCACCCGGUCAACAUUUACAUCAGCAAUAUCAACAGAUGGUGUCAGCUGCAGCUGCAAAUAUAGUCGCACAAAAUCAAAAUUCAUGCAAUAGCAUUGGAUCGCCUGUAAAUCCAGCAACAUCAGCAGCACAAGCUGUUGCCAAUCUAGCAGCUGCUAUGCGACAAAAUCAGCCAUUAAGUAAUGGAAAUCAUCAGUCACCGUCAAAUUAUGGACAUCAAAAUAAUUCACAGAUGAAUCAGCAUGCACCGCAUCAUCAUCACCAUCAAGAAUCAGAUGCAGCAAUGAGAAUUCAUCAAGCUGAGGCACUUCUGCGUAGUCAAGCGGAAGCAGCUUUAAGAUUAGCUGUAAGUCAAGCAGCAGCUGUCGUAGCAUCAAGUAGCAACGAUCCAAAUACAAACAAUCAAUUCCGUCAUCAUAAUGGAAUGCCAUACAACAAUCAUCACCACCAGAACAACUCAAGUUCGCAGAUUCAGUCACAGUUUUCGCCAGAUUUAUCGGAAGCACUUCGUCUUCAAGAGCAACGACUUGAACAGGCACUGCGGUUGCACAAUAGUGAACUUGGAUUACAUCAACAACAUCAUCAGCAACCAUGA